AUGGCAACUGUAUCCGUCCAUGCUUUGAGCGCAGGCUCUUUGACGCUGCCUGAACGAUUCUUUGUCACACCUGCCGAUCCAGCAGUUGGACACAGCGUACCCUCGCUCUCGUUCUUGAUUCAGCACAAAGACAGCUCGGCGAAUGUCACACGGAUUCUAUUUGACCUAGGUCUUCGGCGGGAUCUCGGACUUUAUCCUUCCCCUGUACAGAAGCAUUGCGAGUCACGUCGACCGUUGACUACUCGACCCGACGUCGUCGCAUCUCUGGCGGCGGGAGGUCUUGUUGUGGGCGACAUUGAUUUGGUCAUUUUCAGCCAUAUUCAUUUCGACCACGUGGGUAUGCCUCGCGAGUUUACGCACCCAACCCAAUUUCUCGUCGGGCCUGGCUCUCUCGACCUUUUGAGUGGCAAGCUGAGUCUUGACAUUGGCAGCCACAAUGCCUUCGAGCCUGAUCUCCUGCCCCUUGACAGAACGGUCGAGCUACACUCUCCUCUACAAUCUUUGUCCACAAAGUUGCCUUCUACCGAGCUCGAUGGUGCAGAUGGUUCUCCUGGAGCAAGUAAAUCUUUCUUGUGGAACAGGCCAUUGGUCUGGACGCCUUUCGACCGAUUUCCUCAUACCAUCGACCUAUUCGGCGACGGUACCGUGUUGAUUGUAAAUGCCCCGGGGCAUCUUCCGGGCCACAUAAACCUGCUUUGUAGAGUGGCUUCUACAAAAUACGUCUACCUAGCUGGCGACUCCUGCCAUGAUGUCCGCCUCCUCACGGGCGAAAAGGAUAUUGCCAUGUGGACCGACGACAGAGGCAAGAGUUGUUGCAUACAUGCAGAUAUUCCCAGGACCAAGGAGACUUUAGCUCGUAUACGCGAGGUUCGGACCAAUGGCUUACGUAUGGAAAAAGACGAAUUGGAUGGAGAGGAACAAGUCGCAGAAGUCGAGCUUGUUUUUGCGCAUGACUGGAUGUGGGAGGAAGACGCUAACAGAAGAGGCAGGUUCUGGCCUGGCAGCUUGUGA